AUGGCUGGUGAGGAACAGAUCCGAGCUCGUCAAUCAGCUGGACUUGAGUUCCGUGCAUCUUGCGUUCAAAUGCGUCCGCUCCAAUCUAAACAGUCCCAUGGACCUAAUUCUGUAGAUGGUCCUGAAGCCAGAAAUCGCGUUCGAAUGGAGAAUUUUCAUAAUAAUCUUAAAUUUUCUCUAAGGUGGGCUUCUUUGAGCAUAUUUAUUGAGGCCUAUUCACACACACCACUGUACAUGAAAUAUGUAUCAGAUUUGGCGCUCAUCUAUGCUUUAUCAGGUUCUCCUUCCUACCUUGUAAAAUUUGUCUCAUCUCUCCGAUUCAAUAGUUUUAAUCCAUCACUGCUGCACCUGCUGCUAGUCCAGCAACUUUUUUCCAUGAUCUGCCUCGCGUUUGCUGGCACAAUUAGAAUGCAUGGCAUUCGCCUCCUUGCAACUACAUCAAGUGGCGCAGUAAAGCUAGAGACGCGUGAAAUUGACCUUGAUCUGACGAAUCGGGUGAUUUUCCAUAACCACAAUCAACUCAAUAUAAUGUCUGCUUCUCAUUCUCAACCCAACCAAAUGCAUUCCAGUAAUGGAAAUACUCGUCUACAGCAGCUGUCCUCUUCAGCGAUUCCUAAUGAGAUUAAUUUUCGUAAAACUUGUCAUCGUUCUGAUACGACCACUAUAACCUCCAGAGCUUCCCUGAACCAGCGACAUAAUUAUGGUUUUUUACAUCGUCCGACAAACCUUAAAUUGUCUAGCUUCUUGCCUGAUGAGCAGGAAGCCUUUAGGCUGCAAGGACUUGCAUCAGAACAUUCUACUUCAGAUUGUGUAGAAGAACGACCAUUAGCACCCCAACCUAGGCCAUUGUUCCUCUACGCUACUAUAUCAAAUUUUAUAAUUGAAUUGGGACAUCUUGAUAAAGUACGUUUCUUUUGA